CCGGCCGGCGCUGGCUGCCAGUGCCAGCCACUUAUCAGUCGAAACUCGUCUCGAAUACACGCGUCUGCGCGAAAAUCCGCGCUAAUAUUAGCGCGCGGGAAAGCAUGGCCGCCGACUGAGCGCUCGGGUUUUUCCGUAGGGCGGGCGGCGCGCGCACCUCUCUCCCUGGACACCCUCAAUAUUACACCCACCACCAUACCCACUGCACGUCUGGUUCUACCCUCCUGAAAACACAAUAAAAUUACAAUUAAUCACAAACUAUCACAACAAAACCUCCUGGAGUGAGGCGAACUAAAGUGUGUGGUGUAGAAAAGUGCGCUAUUCUGAGGACGAACUAAGAUUACUGAUGUUUACUCCCUGAAAUGUGAAGCAGCUUGCAACAUACGACAACAGGUAUCAGUACCCACGAGGAGGAGUAAACUAAAAUAUCACAAUGACGGUGGUAACGAAUCCCGCGCGCACCAGCUCCGACGACGAGAUCGAGAGCGGGCGCGAGAGCGCGGCCGGCGGCGGCGACGGCUCCGGGCUCGAGCUGGACGAGAAUGCUCGCCUUUAUGACGACGAGAAGCAGAGCGACAUCGUGUUUGUGGCGGGCAUCAACGGUGACACGUGGCGUUACCCCGGCCACCGCCGCGUGCUCGCUGCCACCAGCCCCGUGUUCGCCGCGCUCCUCGCCGUCAAGACUGACGUCAUCGUCGUCGACUACGUCGACCGCCGCGGCUUCGAACAACUCCUCCGCUACCACUAUUGCGAGCCCACCCAGCUCAAUUCCGUCGGCACGGCUCGCUGCGCGCUCGACGCCGCUUACAAGUUUUUAUGUCCUCUUCUCGCGGAGCGCUGCGCUCGCCGACUCGACGAAAUGCUCGACGCUGGAGUUGCUCUCGAAAUUUUACGGGAUUUAAGAUUUCUAUGUGCCAGGCUUCCGGGAGCGGCGUCUGCGCCUCCCCUACCGGCGCUGACUGACGAUGGUGCUGCCAGGUCUCUAGCUCAAUGUUCGCGUUGGUGCGAUUCCUUAGCGCAUAACGCGCUGUUAGUGCUCGACGAAAAUGCUGAUGCAGCGCUCACUGACGAGAGACUUGAAGAGCUCACUUAUGAAGAUUUGGCUCUAAUAGUGAAGCGUGAUACACUGCGCGUGUCUAGUGAGCUCGUGCUUGUCGAGGCCUUGUCACGUUGGGCUACGGCGGCUUGCAAGCGUACCAAGAGGGAGCUGACGCCGAGCAACAAGCGCGCGGCGCUGGGCGAGCUGGCGUACUGCCCGCGCUACCUGCUGCUGUCGGGCGACGAGCUGGAGCGCGCACUGGGCUUGGAGCUGCUCGAGCCAAUGGAGCGCGCGCUGGUGACGGCUCGCGCCAAGAAGCUGUCGGCGCCGGUGCCGGUAGGCGCGGAGCAGGAGGCGCUUCUGCGGCGUUGGGCGCGCCCGCGGCCUGCCGAGCCCGCCGCGCUGCCCGUGCACCUCAGCGCGCGCUCCGAGCCGCCAGUGGAGGAGCCACAGCCCAGCAAACUAUGCGCGCGCCGCUCGAAGCGCCCGAAGCAACCCUCCUUUGCCCCAGAAGAUAAGAACAAGAAGCGCGGCUGCUGCGCUUGCUUCGGUGAGGGCUUGUUACGGGCGUUCAUUUGCCUCUUCGACUGAGAGCGAGCUCACGCCUCCUACGUGUGAACGUCGGCUAGGAAGUGAUCAAUCGAUAUCGACUGUUGUGGAUGUGCAGUGUGGACUGGAGUGGAUUGAUGGUGUAAUUAGAUUCCAUAAUGGUUAUCCUUAGUUAACCUAUUUCGUACAGUCGAACCGAGGGUAAAUUAAUAUUGAAUUUGAACUGAAUUUUUGGGGUUCGACUGUAUAACUAAUAAGUAUGUUAUGUAUGUAUGUAUAAAAUACGAAUAGACAAAUAUAUACUUAAAAAUAAUACUAUGUAUUAUGACUCGGCGCCUUUAUAAAGGAUUGCCUCUCUUUUGUAUUUUUUUACGAAUUGCAGGAAUCUCAUUCGUAGUAAAUUUUUAUAUUGUUUUAGUAAUGUAACGCUGCUGUAUUAUUGACAUAAUCAGUAGUAUAGCACAAUUAUGCUUUAAUUUAAGGAACCGUAGAGGAGAUGCGGCAGCUUGGAGCGUUUUGUUAUUGCUGGCACCUGGUGUGUGGAGUGCACGCAUCCAAGUUACAUCAUAAUUAUUGCAUUCAAUACAAGAAUAUUUCAAUUAGGCAGCCCAGCUGCUAUUUUAUUCUAAGUAGUAGAUCUUUUGUGUCUAAAUAUUGUGAUAUAUUUACCGUUGUAGUUCUAUUUAUAUUUUAAGUCGUUUUUAUUUUUACGUUAUGAGUUUACAUAUCAAAUUGUUCAACAAUUUGCAUUUGAGAUUUAUUAAGCGGUGCACAAACUUGUCUAGUUACCCACUAUAUUUUUGAUUUAGAUUAAUUUUAGAUAAUUUGUUGCAUUUAUAUUACCGAUAGUGUUUGUUGCUGGUAGCUCGAUUGAUUUAGUCAGAUCUUAGUUGAUGUAAUUAGUGGAAUCUUCCGUAAUAUUACUGUAAUACUUUGCUCCCUCUAGUCGUAUGUUAAGUACAUUUAAUGUCGAGGGUAAUCAUACCAUAUUGAUAGGGUAAGAAUGGCCACUGCCGUCUGUUACUUGCAUUGCCAUCGAUUGCAUUGUCUUGUGGUAGUUAUACGUAGUAUCAAUACUCAUAGAAUUUGUAAAUUCUUCUUUUGCAAGUAGCAGACGCAAUGGCGCUUUUCCGUAUUUCUUAAUCGACCGUUCUCAGAAUGGUUCCUUACUGCCUUUUUUGAAAUGUGUUCUAAAAAGUCGUUAAGAUAAAAUUUUGCUAAAGUUUAUUCUUCAUUAUUAAUUAUUUUUUUAACUGUGCCAUAUUAUUACAAUUUUAGCUAAUCUUUUAGGAAUAAAUGUACCUAUUAGUGUCAUGAUCAAGAUCUUUUCUUUCGCUAUAACGAUCAAUUGGACAACGCUUUAUGUGAUUUGAUAAUUUAUUCUAAUUUUAAUUCUUAAUGGACGUUUUGAACGAAGCUGCUAUGUGUAGAAACGUGUUUAUGUUGACCGUAAAGUACGAUCAAUGAUGUUAUAACUAUAAUUGUAAUACUUAUUCGAUGUGUUCGGCUGAGAGCUGUCUUUAUGUGUAAUGAACUCAUCCCUGAGACAAAUAUAUCAUGUUCAACUUA